AUGCCAGCUCAAACGCGUUCCAAACGCGGCGCGUCAUCAAAGGAUGAUCCCUCCGAGCCGCCCGCAAAGGCUGCCAAAACAGCAAAGCAGCCAAGAGCGAAGAAGCAAGGAGGCAAGGUGGAGACUAAGAAGGGCAGCGAUCCCUCGUUGAUGAAGCGUUUGCUGAGCGAAGACGUCUAUGCUCUUGCCUAUCCGAGAAUAGAAAAGGGGCACGGCGAGAAGGACUGGUCUGAAGAGGAACGCGUCAAACCGCUUCCAAAGGAGAAGACGGGUCAAUUGGAAGCCGAGCAGCGCACCGACGCUGUUGGCCAGGAUCGGUCGACGGGAAAAGCGCGCGGCUACACAUCGCCAGGCUUGACGCCCUUUGCCGAGCUCAUUUGCGCGAUUCUGCUCUCCAAGCCGCUAUCGCAUCGCCUUGGUCUGCGCACCAUCGCCACUCUCUUCAGCCCGCCAUUUGGUCUCUACACACCAGAAGCUUUGGAGAAAGCAGGGAAAGAGGGGAGGCGAGAGCCAAUGUACGAAGCGCGUACCCAGCACAAGGAUAAGACUGCUGAUCAGCUAGGCGAUGUCGUACAAGGUCUAAGAGAAAUCUGCGGUGACGAUGAACAGGAUGUCAUCGAGCUCAAAGCAGUUCGCGAGGCUGUUCAGGGCCAGGAGCGAGACGAAGCCGUGGAGACGGCUCGCAGCAAGCUCACUUCCGGCGUGAAAGGCCUGGGGCCGACGGGUGUAGACAUCUUUUUGCGGCGGAUCCAAGCUCACGAAGGUUGGCAGGCCGUCUAUCCGUUCAUGGACAGUCGAACAGCCUCCAUCGCCGCUCGACUUGAGCUUAUCGACGAAAAAGCCGCUGAAGACUCUUUACGAGCUGCCUCGGAUCUCGACGAGAUGCUGAGCACACAUGUCAAGGAUGCAAGCGAUGAGAAGAGGCGACAAGCAUUUACUCGCUUGCUGGAUGUUCUCGUGGGACUUGAUCUCGAGAAGAAAUUGGACGCGGUCAAGAAUGAUUCAUAG